CUUUUUCCCUAAAAUAAUUAAUAAUUACCCCUCUCGAUCGACUAUAUAUAUGAUAAUUCUGAAGCUCUUUUCUGCAUCACAUUCUUAUUACUUUCAUUUCUCACUCCUACAAGCUAGUACUACCACUUGUUUGUUCUAGUACUACUCGACCAUUUUCAGUUGUUUGAUCUAGGCCAUAUAAUAAGAAAAAUAAAGGGCCAUGAUGAGAAGUAGUAGUAGUUCCGUUUUAGCUUCUGUUUUGUUCACUACUACUCUUCUUGUUGUUGUUUAUAAUGUCUCUGCACGACCAGCCACUUUUCUGGAGGACUUCAAAGUCACUUGGUCUGAUUCCCAUAUCAGGCAAAUCGAAGGAGGCAGGGCCAUUCAACUAGUGCUUGACCAAAAUUCAGGAUGUGGGUUUGCUUCCAAGAGGCAAUACUUGUUUGGGCGUGUGAGCAUGAAGAUCAAGCUCAUUCCAGGAGACUCUGCAGGAACCGUUACUGCUUUCUACAUGAACUCGGACACAAAUACGGUUCGUGACGAGCUUGAUUUCGAGUUCUUGGGGAACAGAACCGGGCAGCCUUACACGGUUCAGACCAAUAUCUACGCCCAUGGCAAGGGUGACAGAGAACAAAGGGUUAACCUUUGGUUUGACCCAGCUGCUGCCUUCCACACCUACACAAUUCUCUGGAACCAUUACCAUAUUGUCUUCUAUGUGGACGAAGUGCCCAUAAGGGUGUACAAAAACAAUGAAGCAAAGGGAAUUCCAUACCCAACGAGGCAACCAAUGGGGGUGUACUCAACUCUUUGGGAGGCUGAUGAUUGGGCCACUAGAGGUGGCCUUGAGAAGAUUGAUUGGAGCAAAGCCCCAUUUCUGGCUUACUACAAGGACUUUGAUAUAGAAGGCUGUGGUGUCCCUGGCCCUGCCACCUGCGCAACUAACCGGGCCAAUUGGUGGGAAGGAACUGCAUACCAGUCACUUACAGCCCUUGAGUACAGAAGCUACAAAUGGGUCCGUAUGAACCACAUGAUCUAUGAUUACUGUACCGAUAGGUCCCGGUACCCGGUGCCGCCGCCGGAGUGUGUCGCCGGCUACUAGAGCUCCAAUUUGAAAAGCAAAAUUGGUACAUAACACUCAUACCCAAUCAAUCAUAUAUACAUCUUAAAAAAACUGUGUUGUUCUUAUUGAAAAGAAGGAAUUGGAAGUCCGUACGUAGGUAACAUGGACCCCUUUUGUACACUACCCUCCUUGCAUGUCCUUUAUCAAGGGUAUAUAGGGAAUUAUCAUGUGGCAUGUAUUGCAGCUAAGUUUUAAUUAUUUUUCGAUGAAAAGUGAAGGGAGAGAGAGGGGGGUGAUAUGGUGGGGAAAGAAAGCAAAUGUCAAUAUGUUUUUCUACUUUGUAAUGUGUAUGUACUUUGUAUCUUUCUCUGAAGCAUUAUUUGUGCUAAUAAAUUCUGUUCUGAGUGUAUGUGAAAA